UUUGGUUGCUAGGGCGCGGGUUCCUCACUUCCGGAGUCACGUUGCCUGGUGACCGAAACCUGGCUGUGUGCGGCUCAGGUGCUCUGAGGACCGGGCCUGAGAGCAGAGGACCGGGCUCCCAACAGUGACGUAGACGUCCCAGGAGAUAUCAUGCUGCUGAGCCAGAGGAGCCGACCGCGCUGCCGGGAGGUGACCGGACCCAACCCUCACUCUGUGGCUCUGAAAGCCAAGUUUCCAUCCAAACGCCCAAAUGACUAUAUGAGUCUAGAGCGGAGGCGGCAGGAUGACCUCCGGGACCAGAUGCUGAACUUCACCAAACAGAAUGACUUUGAUUAUAUGAAGAGCAAAUGGGAGAGGCUGACGGAUCACAAAAUACUGCACAAUAUGGUCCAGAGGAAGGUGACAGAGACGAUGCAAGACUACAGGAUGCACAUAGAGCAACGCAGAGACAGACUCAGGGCUCUGCUGGAGACAGAAGAGAUGGAUCACAUCAGGGAGAUGGAGUCCAUAGAGGAGACCACCCUGGAGCGGCAGGCUAAGAUGCGGGAAAGAGCCAAGAGCCUGAGAGAGAAGAGGGAGAAGGAGAGACUGGCCCUGGUGGAAGAGAAACGGGACCAGCAGUUCAGGGAGCAGUGCGAGGAGAUGCGUGCCCUGAAGUCCAGGCUCCACCAGAACGAGGUGUGUACGGAGAGGAUGGCUCAGCUGGUUCUGAAAGAAGAAUUGGAGAGGCAGAGAACUAAGGAAGAGGCCCUCUAUGCUGAGCUCUGGGAGAAGGAUCGCUUGGCCAAAGUGGAGCAUGAGGAGAAGAAGACUCAAAGGCAAACGGAGCUGAACCGAGAAAUGCUGGAUGUCCUCCAGACCCAGAGAGGAGCCGCCGAGGCUCAGAGGGCAGAGGAGAAGCGGCUGAAGGAAGAGGAAGCCCAGUUACUGGUGGAGCAGCGGAAGCUGAUGAAGCUGGAGGACGAGCGGGCCCUGAGGGAGAAGCAGCAGAAACAGUCACAAGUCAGGAGCAUGUUGGACCAUUCCAUCCGCCUCAAGAUGAAGCGCCUGGCUCGGGACCAGCAGGAGGAACUGAUGCUCGACAUGAAGAUCAUGGAGCAGAUCAUGCAAGACAGCCAGGACGACACUGAGGAGAAACACCUGCGGAAGCUGGAGCUGCAGAAGGAGCAGCAGACCUACCGGCAGUACCUGGCCCAGCAGCUAGAGGAAGAGAAGCGACAAGAGCAUGAAAUGGACAAGAUGAUAGAGGCUGAGCUGGAGAAAAGUCUAGCUAAGCGGGCGGAACAGCUGCGGCUGGAGAAGGAGGCCAGGAACCGCCUCAUGAAGGAUGUCCUGGACACACGGAGGCUGCAGAUUAAAGAGAAGUUGGAACAAAAUGCCAGAGAGCAGGAGGAACUGGCCUCCGAUAAAGAACUUCUGGAAAGGGCUAUUGCAGAGCACCAGCAGCUGGAGAAGGAGAGGAAAGAGAGGGACAGGAAAGGCGCUCAGCAGUAUCAGCAGCACCUCCUGUCUCAGGUGGCUUACCAGCAGCAGCAGCGGGAGUCCGCCAAGGAGGAGGAGUGGAGGGAGUACGAAGCCGGACUGCAGGCUGAGAAAUCCUACCAGCAGAAGCUGCGCGAUAUCCUCUCCAGACCGUACAUCCGCCAGGACCAUGUCCAUCCCUUGAGAAGGACACGUAUAUCCAGCCCUAAAGACUGGUUUCCACAGUGAUCCCAUCGGCAUCUCAGGGACCACAUUUGUAUAGAAAUAUGUUUGUUCUGCUCUGGAAAAAAAAUUGUCCAAAUGAGAUUCUGUAACAUGUUGAAAAAUGUGUAACAGAGACCAGGGUAGGCCUUAGUGAAACGUGGCAAGAGUGACGUCAUUAUACUAUUAGACCUGUUAUCCGAAUGGCUUCCUCAUCAGAUCAAAUACAAGAAAUGUACGAUGUAUACGUUGAAAAUAUCCGUAAUAGCCCAACAAAAAUUUCCCUCUGUGGCCCAAUGGUCUCUGUCCCUGUAAAUGAAAACUAACGCGUACACGCGUUUCACUGUAAAGCUUAAUCAAGGCAUACAGUAGGCUUCAAUGCCUUUGAUGCUUAUCUGAGCUUUAGGAAGCCAUUCGUAUCAUGGCAUCUGAUUUUUAGUCCCUAAAACACUGUUCUACAAUGCAUCCCCCAAAGAGAGGGACAAUAGCCUUCGGCAAAAGCAUUUUAUUAAGAUACUGUUGUUGAAAACAGCCUGUAAACCAAACUAAUCCUCAAGAAAAUUAUUUAUCAUAUAUGCACACUUUUUUUUCCAAAGACCAUUUUAUAUAAAAGUGUCCUAUGUAAAAUGCCUGACCUGGAUAAAUAUUAAUAUAAGUUUUAAACAUCUGGAAUUUAUUCUCUGUAUAAUGGGAGCAAGACAUGCAAAAUAAACAUUAACAAUGUGUAAAAAAAAUGAAUAAACUAUACUAUACCUUA